CCCUAACCGUCAACCCUACUAUAAAUUUUCCUUGCCUCCCCUCCACACUCUCGCAGCCGCCGCCGACGCCGUCAUCGAGCUCGAAGCCCUUCCCUCCCGGCUCCCGCACCGCUGCCGACCCUCGCCGGCCGACCCCUUCCUCCGCCAUCAUGGGGAAGACACGUGGUAUGGGAGCUGGUCGUAAACUGAAGACCCACCGCAGGAACCAGAGGUGGGCUGACAAGGCAUACAAGAAGAGCCACUUGGGAAACGAGUGGAAGAAACCCUUUGCUGGAUCGUCUCAUGCCAAGGGCAUUGUUUUGGAGAAGAUUGGUAUUGAGGCCAAGCAGCCGAAUUCUGCCAUCCGUAAGUGUGCUCGUGUUCAGCUGGUGAAGAAUGGGAAGAAGAUAGCUGCCUUUGUCCCGAAUGAUGGUUGCCUGAACUACAUUGAAGAGAAUGAUGAGGUGCUGAUUGCUGGAUUUGGUCGUAAGGGGCACGCUGUGGGAGAUAUUCCUGGUGUCAGGUUCAAGGUCGUGAAGGUAUCUGGUGUGUCGCUGCUUGCACUCUUCAAGGAGAAGAAGGAGAAGCCAAGGUCUUAGAUUGCUCUUGAUAGGCAACUAUGGAGUAGACUGUCAAGGCUCUAUAAUCGAACUUGAGUUGUGCUAGCAAGAGAGCUGUUCAUUCUGAGCUGUAUCUUUUGUUAACAGUACUAUUGAGAGUUUUGCUUUCUUUUUGGAGAUAUUAAUUCCGCAUUACCUGUGCUGGCUUUGGAUUUUCUCCCCCUUGUUUGAUCCUUUUCUGUUUCAUUGUC